UAUUGUUUGCUACACUACCGCCUUCUGAAGUAAAAAAGGGUUCAGGGUUAGAAUCAAGAUAUCACUUCGUUUGAGUGACUUAAUGUUGCUGUGUACUCUUUUCAUUUUGGAAUGAAUUUAUAUAAUUUCAUUUAUCACAUUCUUCAAGUGAAAUACAAACAAACUCGAUAAAUUUAAUACUGUCAACAUAAAAAUUAUCAGUGGGUUUUCAUACACCAUUAAUAAACGAAUUCAAUAAAAAAUUUUAGAAAUGGCUGCUGCUGCUGCUGCUGCCCUGCUUGAUGAACUUAUGGGAAGAAACAGAAAUGUUCUUCCUAAUGAAAAACCUAAAGAACUUAAUUGGGAAGAUCCUGAAUUUUGUAAAUUAUAUUUAGUUAAAUUUUGUCCUCAUGAUUUAUUUGUUAAUACGAGAGCUGAUUUGGGUGCAUGUUCUCGAGUACAUGAUGAUGAAGCUAGAGAACUGUUUGAAAAAGCUCCAUAUUCAUAUCGAAAACAACAAUAUGAAGAUGAAUUUAUUAGAUUUUGUCAAAGUAUGUUAAAUGAGGUCGAAAGAAAAAUAAUAAAGGGAAAACAACGAUUAGCUCUUAUUGGAAGAACUGAAGCGCCUACUUUAACACCAGCACAAACUCAGAGAAAUGAAGAACAAAUUGCACUUUUAACUGAGAAAAUUAAUAAAUUAGUAGAAGAAGCAGAACAAAGUGGUAUACAAGGUAAUGUGGAACAAGCUCAAGGUUUAAUGAGAUUAUGUGAUCAAUUAAAAGAAGAACGAGAAACAUUAAGGAAAUCUAAUGACAAUAGUCAUUAUAAUCAGACUGCCGAAUUAGCUGCUGCACAAGAAAAACAAAUGGAAGUAUGUGACGUAUGUGGUGCAUUUCUUAUUGUUGGAGAUGCACAACAACGAAUUGAUGAUCAUCUAAUGGGUAAACAACAUGUUGGAUAUGCUAGACUAAAGAGUGCUCUUCAAGAAAUUAUGAGUAAACGUGAAAAAGCUAGAGAUGAAAAAGAACAAAGAAGAGAAGAAGAUAGGAAACAAAGAGCACGUGCCAAUGAAGAACUUGAUAGACGAAGAAGAGAUGAUCGAGAUAGAGAUAGAGAAAGAGAUAAACGCCGUAGACGUGAUGACGAUAAAGGCAGACAUGAUUCAGGCAGUCAUAGAAAUUCGGGACACAGAAGUAGAAGUAGAUCAAGAGAUAAACAUGAGAGACAUCGAGAUGAUGAUCACCGACGUCAUACACGAGAUAAAGGAAAUCGUGAUCAUCGAAGCUCGAGUCAUCACAACCGGCGACGCCAUCGAUCUAGAAGUCGAAGUCACAAGUAACAACUCUUGAUUGGUUAGUGAGUGAGAAGUAAGCCAGGUAUGCACUAAACAAUAUAGCAUAUUCGUCUCAAUUACUGUACAGGUUCUUUACCAGGUGAGUUUCAUUAGAUGCACAUAAUAUAUACAUGAUAAUUAUCUGUAAUUUUGAAGAAUGGCAUAGUCACAGCGAGCCAGUCUCUGGUCCUGCCUAUUAAUCGGAGAAACACUUGUACUAAAUUUCAUAUGGACCUGUUUGUACAGCGUUUAAUUUUGAAAGUGACGAGCUUGCUCUAUGUAACGUAUUACUGAAAAACGGUGCAUCGAGGUAAUGUCGAGCAAGGAAUAGUAAUAUUGUUCCCAUACGAAAGGUAUUUUUAUCAUGUAGUAUUAUAGAUAUUGUCUACAGAGCAAGAUAGGAGAAGGUAUACCUAUGCUUGCUUUGAUCGGUAUAAUGUCUUCAUAGGGUAAAUCAAUUAUAUAAUUUCAACGACUGCAUAGCUUUUUUGUCGAAAAGAAAUUAGUGGUUUAGUGGAGGAAACAGUGCCUACUUCCGUAGACCUGCCACAACAGUGCCCUGUGUGACUGUGACUAUACAAUCCUAGCUUCUACUACGCAUUUCUGAGGUAUUUAUAUCGGAAUGAUAAUACCAAACAUGUCCUUUUAUUAGGAAAGUUAGACAUUUUCAAAAUGGUGAUCUUUAUUUUCGACGAUAUUCGAGUGCUUAUAAAGUUAUAAAGUUAUGAUAAUAAUCUCCUACUCUUACUUUCCUUAUUCCCUGAUUGCAAUUUAUUGGAGCAUAUUCUAUUUAAAAUUGAAAAAUUAUCAAUUAGUCAGGGAAGAUUUCUGCUAUGAACUCAAAAGGAACAAUUUUAAUAUUUGAAUUUAAGACAAUAAAGCAAUAGUUUAUAACAGAUUCAUAUGUAUAGUCCAGAAAUGUAUAUUUAUUUAACAGCCAUGUGGCUAUUAUUGAUUCAGAAUGUAAUUUUGGCAUAUAGUCUUAUCGUCGUCAUUUGAACUUUAUUUGUAAAAGUUCGAGUAAUAUGUAUCAUAUGAUGCAUUCUUCCCUUUGCAUGCAUUUUUUCUCCAUUAUUUUUAGUUUUGAGAGACAGGACAUGGCGAAGCUCGGUCAAAUUUUUCUAUUAGAAAGUUGUAUACAUAUAAAUCUCAUAGUAUCAUGGUACAGCGAUUUGAAGGUUGAUGACAGGUCACGUGGAAUGUGUCUUAUGGUGCUCCGAGGACAUCUCCUUUAAUCAUAUCUUAUUCUUUUGUCGCGUCCUUCAUUUCGGCUUAUAGAGAACUCAUACUUUAUGCGCGUACUACAUUUGUGUAUUCAUAUUAAAUCAUAAUAAAUCAUUUAUAUACAUUUAA